AAAAACAUCAAUUAAAAUUUAGAAGAGACAAAGGGUGAGUAAGAGAGGACACUCCUUAACAUCCACAUAUCACACAUAACCAAACAUGGCUUCACAACUUGUUAAUGAUGUAAGAUGCCAAACACUAAUGCAUUGUGCAGCUUCUUAUGGUGAAAGAGGAAGCAAAAAAACACUUUCUCGUCGCAAAAGCUAUCGAUAUAAUCGAAUACAUAAUAGCAUAAUCUACCCUGAAGAUUAUGACAACUUCAAGGGAUCACUUGAUCAAAAGGGUGCAAAACAUAGCAAAAAUCUAACUCAAGCUCAAAAGCUUCACAGGUUGGGAUUCUCUUACCUUGCAACAUCUUUUCUUUACAUAGUAAUUAAGGUUAAAGCAUUCUACAAUGGUUUCCUUGGAGAUGUUGCUAGUGAAUCAAGAAUGAUGGGAAUUGAAGCACCAAUGGCAGAGCCAUAUUUCUCUGUUCCAGUUAUUCCAAAUUAAUUAACAUAGCAUCAAUAAUAGAGGCAAUAUCAUGUUUGUAAUGUAUAGUAUUAGUUCAAAAGUGUAAUAUUAAUAUGUUUAUAUAUAUUAAUUAGUAUCAAAUUUGAGAUGAACUUUUGUAAUUAAUAAGCUAAGAUUUAUUAAAAUGUUCUCUACUUUUGUAGUAAAAUUACAUCUAUGGGAAGUGUUUAAUUUUUAUUUAAUGAUGUAAUGAAAAAUAUUUGAGCAAAAAUAAUAUUACUUAUUAUUUUAUGUU